UGCAAACGCAAACAAGUCUCGGCAAGUCGGCACGAAUCUCACUUCGGUUGUUCUUGGGGUUCUUGGGUUGCGCACUCGAAUCACGCGGCGUGCAAGCAAUCAUAUUGCAAUAUUCUCCCCAACAAAGGAACAAACGCAAAAUUUCUAGUGAAAAUCUGUAUGCAAGGAGACUGUAUGCUUGUGUAUUAGUACAUAAUCAAGACGAACGCCAAUGAGAUUGUGGUCAUAGCUUGAUUAUUCUUGAUUUCUCUCACCAUUGCAUGCAGUAGAACUGCAUAACGUGUACAAGGGAUCAGUCUUUGCGUAUUUUCAGGUUAUAUUUUCUUCAGACUUUUCCAAAGAGUUGAAUUUUUGGAGUCGCUUAGCAGAAAUCCACGUGUAUCCCACCGUUUUGAAAAAUGGAUCUCUUCAAGCAAAUGGCUUACUCGGAUAAACGCAACAAGAGUUGCAAGCCAGUCAACACUGCAAUUACAAGAAAGUCGCUCAGCCUCCAGUUCUCCGAGUCUCUGCGCUUCAACAUGUCCAUGAAUAGUGACACAGACGAAGAGGUCAAAGUCACUCUUCGUCAAGUGCUGGACAGGAAACUCGCCAUGUACAAAAUCAUGUACCCUUUUCUCAACACUGACCAGCUGCAGAACAAGGUCGUUGCCAGCCUUGGCCUAGAUGGAAUCAAGGGCCUUUUUGGUGCCAAAGGGGCGCAUAAGCUUAAGACUACAACAGUGAUGGUUCACCCUGAAAUGGUGUACGACUUCCAUUCGUACUACUUGAGUUACCUGACUCAGCUGGACCACACAAAGUACGCUAAUUUAAAGACCCAGGCAACCUCCCUUAUGAAUGAGUGUGACUUCUCAGCCAAGUCAAAAAUCCCUCUGAAGUUGAGUGAACCUCCCAAGAUGAUUUUUGAUGCAGAUGAGGUAGACGCAGAUGAUCUGGAGCCAGUCUUCAAGAAACCUGCUAUUCCCAAAGCCUCUCGUCCUUCCAAGAAGAAACCUCGUCCUGCAACGCCUCUGCCUCCACUUUGUUCUUCGCCUUGGUUUAAAACUCCAGUUGCUUCAACUGAAACCCCUCCAACAUCUCCACUUCUUGCUUUUCCUAAAAUUCCAAACACACCUCCAGCUUUUGUUGCCUCACCUUCCAUAGACUUGCCUGCUGAUUCGCCAACUUACCUGGGACAAUCUCCGCUGCGGUCUCCUGACCCUAUUAGGUCUCCCGACUCCAUCACUACUUCAGAAGCUCAAACUCCCAAGCCAUUGCCAGUUGUUAAAAUUCCUCAAGAUUUAUCUCCAGUUAUACCUGUGAAGAGUACCAAAGAAAAAUAUGUCACUAGCACAUUUAGACCUAGGAGCCCUUGUUUUGCGCUGCGUAAACAGCGAAUGAAGGUGAUCUCUAGCAUCUCAGAUGGAUCCACCAUGAACUUGAGUGAAAAUGACCCUGGGUCUCCUGCGAGGCCAAUGACCAGAGGAAUGGCAAAAACCAUUCAUCACUCAACUCCGAUGAAACCUCGUGACGAGAACAUAAUUCCAUCUAAUUUCUCGUGCCAGUCGGAGAGUAGCGUUGAGAAGGAGAGCCUCGAUGGACCCAAUGUGACCAAUUUGACUCCCAAGAUGAAAAUGAAGAAGGCCGCAGUUCACAAUGCUCGUUUUGCAAAGCUGCCAAGGGAAAAUGCUCCAACUCCUCUCCUCCAAGAGAAAAAAUUGGUUCGUCGAGCUCCAACUCCAGUGAAGAAACUUUCAGAGAACCACUCAAUGGUGUCUGAUAGAACCUACCCAGAUUCUCUUAUCAUGCCGCGAAGGUGUAUGCGCUUCAAAGCGUUUGAAAGUCUUGACCCAAGUAAGUUGAGUCCCAUGAGGUCUAGAAUCGUCACUCCCAUGUUAAAGAAGUUGGGAACCCCUGCCUCUGAGGUUGAUAAGGAAGAGACCAUGGAGGGUUACGAGACUAGGGAAAACGCUGAAAUUGCCAAUGAGGAAGAUGAGUCCAUGGAAGCUACUGAGGAAGGGGAAGACUAUGAAGAGGAAGAUCUGCUGGGUCUGCCUGUUAUUAAUUACAGGACUAAAGUUAAAGAUUUUCUGAAAUCAAUCCAUCCUGAAGAUCUUAUUCAGGAGGACAUGGAUGUGAUGGAUGUCGAGGAAGUUCCAUCCUCUUGAGGCACUUUUGCUGCACAACUAGUGAAGGUAGAAUUACCAUGUUUCUGUUAUUAUGCUCUUGCUUUCAAUUCCCAGCUAGGCUUGUGCUUUAUGUCAGUUCAUAUGAAAUUAUCUGCAUAGAUGGUUCAAAUUUUAAUUUGUGGACAAAUGUCUUUGAUAUAGCAUUCAACACAUCACUCUUUCAUGUGCUUCUACUGUACAAGCAUCAGGUUGUUAGAAAUAUGAAUUUGACUGCUAAUUUACUUUCAAACCAGUUUUAAUCCUCCGUAGUGUUCUUCAUUCUUAGUGUUUUGACUCAAUAAAUGAUACAGGCCUAAAAAAUUAAAAAUAAAACUUCUUUUCCUU